CGGGACCGCCCUCCCGGCAGCGGCGGCGGCGGGAUGCGGCUGUCGGAGCUGUGCCUGGCUCUCCUCUGCGCCGCCGGCGCCGGCACCGAACCCCCGCGGGCAGCUCGGGAGCGGCGGCCGGGCCUGGGAGCAGCUGCGGGAUGGGCGGCGGCGGCGACGGGACGCGGAGGGCCGGGGGCGGCCGGCGUGGACCCCCGGCAGGCGUGGAUGCUGCUGGCCGGGAGCCCCGGGCGGGGAAGCGGCGGUCGGGCCCGUGGCGGGCCGGGGGCGGACACGGCACCGGCGGGCGGCCGCUCUCAGGGAAAACCGCCCCCGGAGCAGGGCAGUGUGCCAGGGGCUGCCCCGGACCCCCCAGCCGCCUCCCCCGCCGUGCCCGUGGAGCUCCUGAGGGAGCUGCGGAUCCUGCUCAGAGGAAUAGCAAAGGAGCAGGCAAAGGUGCAGAGGGCAGCCUGGGAAGGGCAUAAGGAAGAGGAAGAACGCAGCCCCCAGGCCGGGGCCCAUCAUCGCGUGAACGCAGCCUUCCACUGCCGAACGCGUGAAGACAUCUCCGUGGAGCAGAGAACACGACAGGAGCUGCAGCUGUUCUACAUCCCUGAGAGGGAGGAGAUGUUUCACCGUGGCCUAGGGCUGAACCUGACCAGUGGGCAGUACACAGCCCCCAUCGCAGGGUACUACACCUUCACCACCACGCUGCACAUCGGUGAGCCCUUGGGCAGCCCCACGGCCCCGGCAGGGUGGUCUGGGAUGGCUCUCACCCCUGGCUCUGUCCCAGUGCACAGGGAGCCGCCGAAGAAGAGGCAGGGGUGCCGGGGGACGCGCCUGCGCGUGCUGAUCUGUGUGCAAUCCCGCUGCCAGCACAACAGAAAUUUGGAGACUUCAUCCUGGCUGGAGAGCAGGGGUGACCUUUUCACCAUCUCUGUCACCGGAGUCCUUUACCUGCAGGCCGGGCAGUACGCCUCUGUUUUUGUGGAGAACGCUGCAGGCUCUCCCCUCACUGUUCGAAGGGGCUCCGAUUUCAGCGCCGUUCUGCUGGGGGUGUGAAGAGGCACCAGGCAGGGCACUGAACUUGUGCCAGGAGCAGCCAGACCCUUCCCUCUGCCAGCCAUGAUCACAUCUCCCCUGCUCAGCACCGAGCCCAGGGAAGACCAUUUGCUCUUGCAGGAACUGCAGUCUGCUCUGAUACUGCUCAUGCUGCAGAACCAGCUGAGGAUGAACAAAAGAUCAUGGAGAAGAUGAUAAUAAAACAGCCUGACAAGGA